GAGGUUUAUAAAAGAAGGAAAACAUUUCUAUCAUUAUGCAAUUGGGCUGGAUGGGCAAAAGUCUCAAGCUCUAGGGCAGGAACCAGUGUACUCCCAGGUAGUAGCCUGGAGACUUCACUGGCAUCAGAGCGGCUGACUUUCCAAGAUGUGGCUCUAUACUCUGGUCUUCGCCUUUCUCACCACUUUCACCGUUUGGGGGCACACAUCCUCGCCACCUGUGGUGGACACCAUGCAUGGAAAGGUCCUGGGGAAGUAUGUCAGCCUGGAUGGAUUUGCCCAGCCUGUGGCAGUCUUCCUGGGAGUCCCUUUUGCCAAACCCCCUCUUGGAUCCCUGAGGUUUGCUCCUCCAGAACCUGCAGAGCCAUGGAGCUCUGUGAAGAACACCACCUCGUAUCCUCCUAUGUGCUCUCAAGAUGCAGUGGCAGGGCAGGUGUUGUCAGAGUUGUUUACCAACAGAAAGGAGGACAUUCCUCUCAAGUUUUCUGAAGACUGUCUGUACCUAAAUAUUUACACUCCUGCUGACUUGACAAAAAAAAGCAGGCUGCCGGUGAUGGUCUGGAUCCAUGGAGGUGGUCUUGUGGUGGGCGGGGCAUCCACCUAUGAUGGAGUGCCCCUUUCUGCCCAUGAAAACAUAGUGGUGGUAACCAUUCAGUACCGCCUGGGCAUCUGGGGAUUCUUUAGCACAGGUGAUGAACACAGCCGAGGGAACUGGGGUCACUUAGACCAGGUGGCUGCGCUGCACUGGGUCCAGGACAACAUUGCCAACUUUGGAGGGAACCCAGGCUCUGUGACCAUCUUUGGAGAGUCAGCUGGUAGUCAAAGUGUUUCUGUUCUUGUGUUAUCUCCUGUAGCUAAAAACCUCUUCCACAAGGCCAUUUCUGAAAGUGGUGUGGCCCUCAUUGCUGCUCUGUUCAGGAAGGACAUCAAGCCUUUGGCUGAGAAAAUUGCUGUUACUGCUGGGUGCAAAACCACCACAUCAGCCAUCAUGGUUCAUUGCCUGCGACAGAAGACAGAGGAUGAGCUCUUGGAGACAACUCUGAAAAUGAAUUUUUUUAGUGUGGAUUUUUUUGGAGACCCCAGAGAGGGCCAUCCUUUCUUGCCCACUGUAGUUGAUGGAGUAGUACUGUCAAAGACACCUAAAGAGAUUCUGGAAGAAAAGAAUUUCCACACCAUCCCCUACAUAGUGGGAAUCAACAAGCAAGAGUUUGGCUGGAUCCUUCCAAUGAUGAUGGGCUAUCCAAUCUCUGAAGGCAAGCUGGACCAGCAGACAGCCGCAUCACUCUUGUGGAAGUCCUACUCCAUUCUUAACAUCCCUGAGGAACUGACUCCUGUGGUCACCGAGAAGUAUUUAGGAGGGACAGAUGAUCAUUUCAAAAAGAAAGACCUAUUCCUGGACUUGAUUGCAGACUUGGUAUUUGGUGUCCCUGCUGUGACUGUGGCUCGUAGCCACAGAGAUGCCAGAGCCCCCACCUACAUGUAUGAGUUCCAGUAUCAACCAAGCUUCUCAUCAUCCAUGAAACCCAAGACCGUGAUAGGAGACCAUGGAGAUGAGCUCUUCUCAGUAUUUGGUGCUCCAUUUUUAAAAGAUGGUGCCUCAGAAGAGGAGAUCAACCUCAGCAAGAUGAUGAUGAAAUUCUGGGCCAACUUUGCUCGCAAUGGGAACCCCAAUGGGGAAGGUUUGCCCCAUUGGCCAGAGUAUGACCAGAAGGAAGGAUACCUGCAGAUUGGUGCUACCACUCAAGCAGCCCAGGGGCUGAAAGCAAAGGAAAUGGUUUUCUGGAAUGAGUUCUGGGCCAAGGAAGCAAUGAGGAAGCCAACCCAGAGAGAACAUAUUGAGCUCUGAACAGGAAUCCCAGCCAGCCUUUGGAGACUGGGACAGCUGAGACAGGUGUAUUCUAUGGAAGAUGUUGGUAGGCCAAUGUGGCAGCACUUGUGGAGGUUGGAGAAUUGUGUUAUGGGGGUGUGCAAAGUCCAGGGAGAGGGAAUAUUUCACUUGUGGUCUCAACUUGGAGAAUAAAUUUAAGUAUUGUUACUAAA